AAAUUGACAGCUGAGGCUUCAGCUGAGUAAAAGUUGUUUAUAUUUUGGUUUUCCUGGUCAGAAAAUCCUAAUCUUCUCAGAAAAGCCCAGUUUUCCUUGUGAAUAAGCUCCAAGAAUUACCAAAAAGAUGGAGAAUGAAGAGAUACCCGAUGCUAUGACGGCGUCUUACAGUGAGAUCACAAAUUCAGUCCCCGGGGAGGAAUUGGGAGCGGUCCGGAAGCGCCCAAAUCGCUUCCCUUACAAUCUCGAAGGUACUGUCUGCAUGGAUGGGGACAUGACGCAUUUCAUCACGGAAAACCUGGAGCAUAAGAUCAAGCUGUCGAGUCCAAUUGCCAAGAGCAGAGACUCACCCAGAGGAGGUGAUUCUGACAGCACACCAUCCACAAGUGGCUUCCAUCCACGUCCGGGAAGCUUCUACAAUCCGCCGGAGAUUGACUCCAAUGUUCUCAAUGAUGUGGAAAUUGAGGCACAAUACUUGGCAGCUUCAGUGGACAAUCUCACGGAGAACCUCUGCAAUUUGCUGCAUUCGAUUUCGUCUAUCACAGCGGACAAUGUUGAAGUGUACAAGAACUCUGUGAGCAAAUUAACGGACUGCAUGGACGCCAAUAUAAAGAAUAUGUACACGAUUAUGGCAAAAACGGAAGAGAUUUCCAAUGCCAUCAAGCCCACGAAGCAGCUGAUGAACAGAAUACGAGAAAUAAAACGAUUAGUUGAUAUGCUGGAGAACACGCUGUAGAUUUUUUCAUUCUUGGAUGCAGCUUUGUGAUUUUGUGAUCUCUUGAAUUUAAUUUGAAGGAAUGAAAUCCCAGUUAAUGUAAGUUGUUUUACUUUUGUAUUUUUAUUAUUUUGGCUUUCCAAGGAGUAGUAGAAUUGAGUGAAAUAAAGACGUUAACGGCA